UCAGAAGAUUCAGAACAAAAUAAAGACACCAAAAACAGAGAGAGAGAGAGAGAGAGAGAGAGAGAGUAGCAAAAUGCAGGAGAGGAGAGAGGUGGAUUUGAGAAAAUUAGAGCAAAUAAUGGGGGAAUCCAAAGGCGGAGUGGUUGACGAAAAAGAUAUCCUCAGUUCUUCCAAACAGGCCGUUAAAAUGGCCGCCGGAAACAAACCCGCAAAUGCGGUGGAAUCAUCCACCGCCCUCCAACGAUUUCUCGAUCGCAUCCCCAUCGGCUCCAUCCCCGGCAUCAACAACUCCUCCGCCGCCGUGAUGGAGCUCAAAACUGGUGAUUGUUUGGGUGAUGCGAUUCGAUUGUUACACGAGAAGAAUGUGUUCGGUGCUCCCAUUGCUGUUGAUGCCUUGGAUACGGAUACUGCUACCAUUGGCCGGAAAUUUUCAGAUGGAUACAUUGGUUUCAUAGAUUUUGCUAGGAUGAUUCUUUGGUCUCUCGAGGAAUGUGAGAGAGCUGGUACUCAGGCAAAAGAAGAGAGCAACAAUGGUAUCUUCUCCAUGCUUGAACUCAAUCCUCACAUUGCUCAUACUAAGAUUGGUGAGCUAGCAAAGUCCUUCCUUUGGGAUCCCUUCUUCCCGGUGCACUUAGACGCUACACUCUUCCAUGUUCUGUUGCUUCUUUCCAAGCACUGCGUACAAUUCGUUCCUGUUACCGAGCAAUCUAGUCCUAAGGUCAUUGGUUUUGUUACACAGAAUGCAGUAAUUCAAUUGCUCCUUCGAUCAAGUGGACUGGAGUGGUUCGAUAGCAUUGCAGACAAGGCUCUAUCAGAGUUCCGGUUUGAAAAUGACAAGCAUGCUGUUUUCGUGUGUGGAGACCAAAGCAUUGCAGAGGCAAUGCACAUCUUGUGGCAAAGCCAAAUGGGUGCAGUUGCAGUUGUUGAAAGGGAGACUAAAAGGCUUAUCGGUUGCAUGCGAAACAUCGAUCUACAUCUUCUUCUAGACAAUAUAGAUCUCUUUAACAACAGAAAGAGUCUGACUGCGAAAGAGUUCAUUCAUAUGGAUCAGAGCGAGGUAGAUUCUGAGCCCACCAUUGAACGAGAUCUUGGGGCUUUUCUUUCAGCUGGGGUUUUGACACUGAGGAACACCUUCCUUCCGAGGAUGGAUUCACCCGUGACCAACAAAAAAACCGACACUCUCAAGCAAGCCAUGAACAAUUUGGCGGCCGCAAAGGGUAAUUUCUGCUUUCUAAUAGAUGAGUUCCAGCAAGUACAAGGUGUGGUCACACUGAGGGACAUGAUCGUACAGUUUGCUCCACCCUCUAUGGAUUCAACAAUCGACGGAGGUGGUUUUUUCGACUCUGCGUUGGAACAAACUGGUUGUCACAUUGAGAAGGGAACCAUGAUUUGUGAUCAUUGAUGACAUGUAUAUUCAUCAACCAAUUUUUUUUUUUUUUAAUAACUAUUGAUCUUUUAUGUAGGUUUAGUGACUUUAGACCAAUUUGGUUUGUCUCUGUUUAUGGACAGGCAGUAAAUGAAAAAAAUCAGUCCCGCGAAUUCCCCAACUA